AGCUUUUGUAAUAAUCCAAUCAAGUGAUAAUGUGAACUUGAAUUAAGGCUGGCAGUAUGGAUGGCGAGGAAGGGACAAAUUGUGAAGUAGCUAGGCGGUAUAGUCGACCUAGAGGGUGAUUGAACUUGAAAGAGGUUCCUAGGCCGGGCGCGGUGGCUCACGCCUGUAAUCCCAGCACUUUGGGAGGCCGAGGCGGGCGGAUUACCUGAGGUCCGGAGUUCAAAACCAGCCUGGCCAACAUGGUGAAACCCCGUCUCUACUAAAAGUACAAAAAAAAUUAGCUGGGUAUGGUGCGGGCGCCUGUAAUCCCACUACUUGGGAGGCUGAGGCAGGAGAAUCGCUUGAACCUGGGAGGCAGAGGUUGCGGUGAGCCGAGAUCACGCCAUUUUGCACUUCAGCCUGGGCAACAAGAGCGAAACUCCGUCUCAAAAAAAAAAAAGGGAUUCCUAUUGGAGACUAGUCCCUCCGUAAACACUACGAUUCCCAUCCACCUCUGCCUUCCAGUGCUCCUUUGUUACUCAUUGUUUAUAGUUAAUCUUCAGCUUCUCUCAACUGAGCCCAUUUCAUCAUUAUUCAGAACUGCUUGGGCCGGGCGCAGUGGCUUAUGGCCUGUAAUCAUCUUAGGAGGCCAAGGUGGGAGGAUCGCUUGACCCUAGGAGUUCAAGACUAGCCUGGGCAACAUAGUGAAACCUUGUCUCUACAAAAAGAAAAUUAAAAAUUAGUUGGGCAUGGUGGUGCGCACCUGUAGUCCCAGCUACAGGAGGCUGAGGUGAGAGGAUGGCUUGAGCCCAGGAGGUCGAGGCUGCAGUGAGCCAUGAUCUCAUUGCACUCCAGCCUGAGUGGCAGAGCAGCAAAGUGAGGGACACACUGUCUCUAAAAACAAAACAAAACAAAACAAAAAAACAAAAAUAAAAAAACUCUUUAGAUUUCUCCUAUCCUAAAAAAGGGAAACUCUUUUGACUAUCCCCCAUCCCAUUAAUUCAUUUAACAGGUAUCUAUUGUGUACAGUUUACCUAGCACUGACUUUGGACACACACCAAUCAACAAGAGAAUCAGUCCUUGCACUCAAGUUGUUUUUUACAGUCAAAUUCAGGAAGUACACACUGAUGGAAAGAAUCAAAGUAAUGUGAAAUUACAUUAGGUAAGAGCUACAAGGCAGAAAUAUGUGAUAGGAUAAGAUGAGGGGACCUGAUUUGGACAUUUCAGUCAAGACUUGAAAAAUGAUUAGAUGUUAGAUAAAAGCAUAAAAGAGUCCAAACAGAGGAAAUGGAUUGUGUGAGGCCCCAAGGUGGGCAGACACACUUGAGGUGUUUAAGCAACUAAAUUCAGUCAACCUUGGCUAGAGCAUAGUGAGGGGAUGAGGCGGUUGGUGCCCGGAUCACUGGACCUGCAAGGCUGUAGUAAGAGGACUGCCUUCUAAGAGCAAGGGUGUGGCAGCCAAAUCCCUCCAAUGGCCUAUAAGGCCAUCAUGAGGAAGCCACAAGCAGCCGUGGGAAGUGGUCACAGGAAGCAGGCAGCCAGCCAGGAAGGGAGGCAGAAGCAUGCUAAGAACAACAGUCAGGCCAAGCCUUCUGCCUGUGAUGGGAUGAUUCCUGAGUGUCCUGGGGCCCCAGCAGGCCUGGCCAGGCAGCCGGAAGAGGUGGUAUUGCAGGCCUCUGUCUCCUCAUACCAUCUAUUCAGAGACGUAGCUGAAGUCACAGCCUUCCGAGGGAGCCUGCUAAGCUGGUACGACCAAGAGAAACGGGACCUACCAUGGAGAAGACGGGCAGAAGAUGAGAUGGACCUGGACAGGCGGGCAUAUGCUGGUCAGUACAUCUCCCGAGAGCAGGGCCACUUUGCCUCGAGGCCCUUGGGUCUGGGGGCUGUGGGCCAGGUAGGGGCAGGUCAGCAGUGUCCUCAUGCCAACCCCUUUCCCCCAGUGUGGGUCUCAGAGGUCAUGCUGCAGCAGACCCAGGUUGCCACUGUGAUCAACUACUAUACCAGAUGGAUGCAGAAGUGGCCUACACUGCAGGACCUGGCCAGUGCUUCCCUGGAGGAGGUGAAUCAACUCUGGGCUGGCCUGGGCUACUAUUGUCGUGGCCGGCGGCUGCAGGAGGGAGCUCGGAAGGUGGUAGAGGAGCUAGGGGGCCACAUGCCACGUACAGCAGAGACCCUGCAGCAGCUCCUGCCUGGCGUGGGGCGCUACACAGCUGGGGCCAUUGCCUCUAUCGCCUUUGGCCAGGCAACCGGUGUGGUGGAUGGCAACGUAGCACGGGUGCUGUGCCGUGUCCGAGCCAUUGGUGCUGAUCCCAGCAGCACCGUUGUUUCCCAGCAGCUCUGGGGUCUAGCCCAGCAGCUGGUGGACCCAGCCCGGCCAGGAGAUUUCAACCAAGCAGCCAUGGAGCUAGGGGCCACAGUGUGUACCCCACAGCGCCCACUGUGCAGCCAGUGCCCUGUGGAGAGCCUGUGCCGGGCACGCCAGAGAGUGGAGCGGGAACAGCUCUUAGCCUCACGGAGCCUGUCGGGCAGUCCUGACGUGGAGGAGUGUGCUCCCAACACUGGACAGUGCCACCUGUGCCUGCCUUCCUCGGAGCCCUGGGAUCAGACCCUGGGAGUGGUCAACUUCCCCAGAAAGGCCAGCCGCAAGCCCCCCAGGGAGGAGAGCUCUGCCACCUGUGUUCUGGAACAGCCUGGGGCCCUUGGGGCCCAAAUUCUGCUGGUGCAGAGGCCCAACUCAGGUCUGCUGGCAGGACUGUGGGAGUUCCCGUCCGUGACCUGGGAGCCCUCAGAGCAGCUUCAGCGCAAGGCCCUACUACAGGAACUACAGCGUUGGGCUGGGCCCCUCCCAGCCACGCACCUCCGGCACCUUGGGGAGGUUGUCCACACCUUCUCUCACAUCAAGCUGACAUAUCAAGUAUAUGGGCUGGCCUUGGAAGGGCAGACCCCAGUGACCACCGUACCACCAGGUGCUCGCUGGCUGACCCAGGAGGAAUUUCACACCGCAGCUGUUUCCACCGCCAUGAAAAAGGUUUUCCGUGUGUAUCAGGGCCAACAGCCAGGGACCUGUAUGGGUUCCAAAAGGUCCCAGGUGUCCUCUCCGUGCAGUCGGAAAAAGCCCCGCAUGGGCCAGCAAGUCCUGGAUAAUUUCUUUCGGUCUCACAUCUCCACUGAUGCACACAGCCUCAACAGUGCAGCCCAGUGACACUUCUGAAAGCCCCCAUUCCCUGAGAAUCCUGUUGUUAGUAAAGUGCUUAUUUUUGUAGUUA